AAGACUGCCGGUGGGACUAACAUUACCCGGAGAAAAAAGUCCAGGUCGUCCUUGACUUCUGGCCCAGCUGGUCUGUUUGAGCAAAUCGCAUCGGCCUCAUCGACUAUUACUGCCGAGGCCGUGUGCGCGCUACUCGAAGAAGGCGGAAGUAGCAGUGGUCAGUCCUCAACAAAGCACACACAGGGCUCUUUGGGCAGGUCGCGCAAGAAGCCGGUGCUGGUGUCGGGCUCGGGCUCUGUGCGGCGCCGUCGCGCCAGGCUCCACAAGUCGUCCAACUCGAGUAUGAACGGGUCAUCGGACUCGGCAGUCGACGCAGGAGCUGCAGACACAUUGACAGCCUCUCCAGUGACGAACUUGGAUACCAAACUUGAGGGGGAGGCAAUACGGGCGAUGGCUGCAAAGCAUUCGGACGCUGCCGUUGCUGUUUCUACGACCACUUGGGACUCUCCGACAAUUUGA